AUGUCUGAAGUAUGUUUCUUACAAAAACAACCGAAUGAACAAGCAAGCCCUGAGUCUGAAACACUGUUAAAAGAGGCAAUUCAUCACACAACCGAUAUUGGCAAACCAAGCCACAAUAUGCAGGAAAUGAAUUUUAUUAUACCAGUCGAGGAGAAUAUUAAGGAUAUAAAGUCACUGAUGAAUAUUUUCAUUGACAUGAAUACUAGUCUCCUCCACAUUGAAAGUCGGCGAAAAAAGUUAGAAAUGAAUGCAGAGAGAAAUCAUUUGAAAUUUGAACCAUUGGAGGUAUUCAUUCAGGCUACCGUUCCUGUUAAAGAGUCUUCUACACUGAUAGAAAAAUUAAAAUCAUUUUCAUCAAAUGUUAUUGUUGCUAAUAAUCAUCCAAAACUAGCUGGAAUCCAACCACUGUCAAAUAUUGAUCAGAAAGUACCAUGGUUCCCAAGACAUAUCUCAGAAUUAGAUGAAGUCUCGCAUCGUGUUCUGAUGUAUGGAAAGGAGUUGGACUGUGAUCAUCCAGGCUUCAAAGAUGCCGAAUACAGGAAACGUCGAAUAAUGUUUGCUGAUGUAGCGUUCAAAUAUAGAUGGGGUGACAGGAUACCGACCAUUCAGUAUACAGAAUCGGAGAAGAAAACAUGGCAGUGUGUUUACCGUGAAUUGACUCACUUGUAUAAAACUAAAGCUUGUCGAGAAUUCCAGGAAAAUUUAGCGUUGCUUCAAGAGAAAGCUGGAUAUAAUGAAAAUGAUCUACCUCAGUUGCAAGUAGUAUCAGACUUUUUAAAAAUAAGAAGUGGAUUUUGUCUCCGACCCGUAGCAGGCUAUUUAUCUGCACGUGAUUUUCUUUCUGGUUUGGCAUUUCGAGUAUUUUACUGUACUCAAUAUAUACGUCAUGAAAAAGAUCCAUUUUAUACCCCAGAACCUGAUUGUGUUCAUGAACUGUUGGGUCAUGUACCGAUGUUAGCUGAUCCUGAAUUUGCACGAUUCUCGCAAGAAAUAGGUUUGGCUUCUUUGGGUACCAGUGAUGACGAAAUCAAGAAGCUAGCAACCUGCUACUUUUUCACCAUUGAAUUCGGUCUAUGUCGACAAGAUAAUCAACUGAAGGCCUACGGUGCUGGAUUGCUUUCAUCAGCAGCUGAACUACAGCAUGCAUUGAGUGACAAAGCUGUGGUCAAACCAUUCAUUCCGGAAAAGGUCAUGAACGAAGAGUGUUUGGUUACUACUUUUCAAAAUGGAUAUUUCGAAACGUCUUCGUUUGACCUUGCAAAUAAGCAGAUGAGAGACUUUGCACAAACCAUUAAAAGACCGUUUGAUGUCCACUACAACCCGUAUACACAAAGUAUUGAAAUAAUAAAAACCCCAGGAUCAGUGGCUAAAAUUGUUCAAGAUUUACAAUUUCAGCUGACUACAAUCGCUGAAAGCCUGGUAAAGAUGGAUAAAGAAGUGAAAAGCAAAAACAUUUUAAAUGAUGAAAUCAACAUCGAAGAUAAGCCAUCUGAACGAGUCUGA